AUGCCGUCAUCAGGACACCGGCUCCGAGAUGUCGAACACCAUCCUCUCCUGAUCGAAAAUGACAAUUACGACUCUUCAUCCUCCUCUUCCUCUGAGGCUGACUCGGCAGACAGGGUGUGGUUCAUCCAUGACGGCUGUGGCAUGAUCUGCGCUGUCAUGACGUGGCUUCUGGUCGUCUAUGCAGACUUUGUGGUGACAUUUGUCAUGCUGCUGCCUUCCAAAGACUUCUGGUACUCCGUGGUCAACGGAGUCAUUUUUAACUGCUUAGCGGUGCUUGCCCUGUCAUCUCACCUGAGAACCAUGCUCACCGACCCUGGAGCAGUACCCAGAGGAAACGCUACUAAAGAAUACAUGGAGAGUUUGCAGCUAAAGCCUGGAGAAGUGAUCUACAAGUGCCCCAAGUGCUGCUGUAUCAAGCCCGAGCGCGCCCACCACUGCAGUAUUUGCAAAAGGUGUAUCCGGAAAAUGGACCAUCACUGCCCGUGGGUGAACAAUUGUGUAGGAGAAAAGAAUCAGAGAUUUUUUGUGCUCUUUACUAUGUACAUAGCUCUGUCUUCAGUGCACGCUCUGAUUCUCUGUGGGCUCCAGUUCAUUUCCUGCGUCCGGGGGCAGUGGACAGAAUGCAGUGAUUUUUCACCUCCGAUCACUGUAAUCCUGUUGAUCUUCCUGUGCCUUGAGGGUCUCCUGUUUUUCACUUUCACUGCAGUUAUGUUCGGCACCCAGAUCCACUCAAUAUGCAACGAUGAAACGGAGAUCGAGAGACUGAAAAGCGAGGAGCCGACCUGGGAGCGGCGGCUGCGAUGGGAGGGGAUGAAGUCUGUCUUUGGGGGGCCGCCUUCCCUCCUCUGGAUAAAUCCCUUCGUCGGCUUCCGAUUUAGGCGACUGCAAAUGAGACCCAGAAAAGGAGGCCCGGAGUUCUCCGUUUGA